AUGGCGUCCCGACAUCUUUCAAAGACCGUUGCCCGCGCGGCAUCAACCUCCACUGCGUCGCAGACCACCAAAGCGACUGGAGACAUUUCAUCUGUCUUUCCCAGUUUGAGACCAGACUACCGGCCGGAGCCUCUUCCCCCGCGUUUUCGGGAUCUCAAGAUAAGGCUCUUCGAGAAGCAUGAAAAGGCUUUGACAGACAGCUGGAAGAGACUUUUGCCCAGCCUCGAAGAAGAGGUCGACAAGAUAAAGACCAAAGGCAGCGACAUAAUCCCAUCAGUGGAAUAUGCUGACGUGGUCGCGGGCAAGGUGCCCGAAGCCACGAUGAACGAGAUCCGCUACCGCGGCACUGUAGUGAUUCGCAAUGUCGUACCUCGAAAAGAGGCGCGUGACUACAAGAACCGCAUCGAGGAAUAUGUUGCGACCAACAAGGAGCGUGUCAAGGCUUUCCCACCCGACUCGCCUGCCGUCUACGAGCUCUACUGGACGCCCUCGCAGGCCGACGCCCGCGCUCAUCCCAACAUGCUUGAUUCACAGCGCUUCCUGCAACGAUUGUGGCACUCGUCUGACCCUCAAACCAAGCUGUCGACAUCAAAUCCACUCACUUAUGGGGAUCGCCUGCGGAUCCGAGACCCCGGUGAUGCCAAAUUCACACUCGGCCCGCAUAUCGACGGAGGCUCGCUCGAGCGUUGGGAGGAUCCGGAGUAUGCCAGUGUGUACACCAAGAUCCUCGAAGGAAAAUGGGAGGAAUACGAUCCUUGGGACGCAAAACACCGUCUCGGCGCCAAUAUGGACCUGUACAACGGUGCGGGUGCCUGCUCUAUGCUCCGCUUCUUCCAGGGCUGGCUCUCAAUGUCCCAAACUGCACCGGGAGAAGGCUCGCUGCAUGUGUGCCCUAUGAUCCGUCACAGCACAGCAUACACCAUUUUGCGACCUUUCUUCGAUGUCAACAGCCACCAGCCCAGUCUAGAUAAUUCAUUCCCGGGUUCUGUUCCCGGCGCCUGCCAGGAGUACAACCCCGUGACACAUCCUCAGCUUGAGCUGGAGACCACUAUGGUCUCGGUCCCGAAGGUCGAGCCGGGAGACUUUGUUGCAUGGCACUGCGACAUGCUCCACUCGGUCGACAAGGAACACCGUGGUACCGGUGACUCGAGUGUUCUUUACAUCCCCGCUACCCCUCUGUGCGACAUGAACAUCGACUAUCUCAAGAAGCAACGUCAGGCUGCUAUCGACUACUCUCCGCCGUGGGACUUCCCCGGCGCCGGUGGUCCUGGUGAGCGGGGAUUCAAGGGUGCUGUUGACUGGUCGUCUGUGAAUGCCGACGGACAGCGUGCCAUGGGCAUGGGCAACAAACCCUGGGAGAUUAAUGAGUCCAUGAGCGAGGGCGAGAAGGAGGCCGUUAGAUCUGCCAACCAGGCCUGCUUUAAUUUGUAA